UGCGGGAGGGGGAGGGGGAAGGGGAGGGAGGGGAGCGGCUCUGACGUGCAGGUACCUGCGUCCCUGCCGGGUGUGCGGCGCCCCCGGCCCGUGACCCCUCUCUGUUGCUUCACCGCGCGCCCUGGGGGAGUUGGGGCUCGGCGCGCGCCUCCGCCCCGCCCGCGCCGCCGCUAGAUCUCCUCCGCGUGAGUCUCCCGCUCCGUGGCUGGCCCGCCUGCCUCGGCACGCCCCGGGGGCUCCAGGGGCCGUGGGGACCCGGCGGCCCAGGCUGCCGCCCGCACGCUCGGCUCGGCUCCUGCUGCUGCCUGUCCCCCGGCGCAGACCGGAGCUCGGGGACGGACGCCGGGGUUCCGCUCCCCUUGACCUUGAGGACCCGGGAAGGUUAUAUGCACCAUGGCUAUGACUAGUGUCAGAUUGCCCACCAGUAUUUUAAGAAAACCAGAUGCCUGGAUUGGAGUCUGGGGAGCGCUACGAGGGACACCUUCACACAAACACUGUGCUUCCUGGAAUCGAUACUUCUAUUUUUCUAAUACCAAAUUAAAUGCACCAAGUUAUAAAACAUUUUUCCAUAAUAUUUUCUCACUGAGACUCCCAGGACUUUUAAUAGCUCCAGAAUAUAUUUUCCCAUUUUCUAUAAGGCUCAAAAGUAAAACAAGCUCUAAAAAAUCCACUAAAAAGGGUCUGCAGAAAGCCGAAGCUGAAGAGGACUCUGAUGAAGAGAGUGAUCAUGAGGUGGAUGAGCAAGAAGAGGAGCUGGAGGAUGACCCCAGUGUGGUCAAAGACUACAAAGACCUGGAGAAAGUAGUGCAGUCUUUUCGGUAUGAUGUCAUCCUGAAGACAGGCCUAGAUAUCGGCAGAAACAAAGUGGAAGAUGCAUUCUACAAAGGUGAACUCAGGCUGAACGGGGAGAAAUUAUGGAAGAAAAGCAGAACGGUGAAAGUGGGAGAUACGUUGGAUCUCCUAAUUGGAGAAGAUAAGGAAACGGAAACAGUGGUAGUGAUGAGGAUUCUCCUGAAGAAAGUGUUUGAAGAGAAGACCGAAAGUGAAAAAUACAGAGUGGUCUUACGACGGUGGAAAAAGUUAAAAUUGCCUAAACAGAGUGUGAUGAAAUAAAUGGAUUGCUUUUUAA